CAUAGUCAUGACCACAAAUGUUAAAAGUUGAUAAAACUUGUUAAAACACACUUAAACUUGGUAAAGGUUCAAUUAUUAGUGCGUAAGUGUUAUAAGUGGUGCGAAAAUGAAUGCUCAACCCGUGGCCGCUAUAACUCACGUACUCUUUGAUUUGGACGGACUCCUCAUCGACACCGAGACCUGCUAUGCGAAGGCCUACCAAAUGGUGGCCAAACAGUUCGGCAAACAAUACACACACGAACUGAAGGUCCGGGUCAUGGGUUUGAGUCCCAAAGUGGGCUUUGAGGUGAUUAUCAAAGAACUCGAACUCCCGAUAACUGUGGAGGAAUUCACGCGUUUGGGUAAUGAGUACUUCAACCAUAUUGUCAAAGACGUGGAACUGAUGUCGGGCGCCGAACGACUGGUGCGACACCUGUACGACCACAACAUUCCGCUGGCGAUCGCAAGCGGCGCCACAUCUGAUGCCUUUGCCAUCAAAACCGCCAAAUUUGAGCACUUCUUCAGCAAAAAUAACUUUUUCAAACAUCUGGUGAUUGGCGGCGACGACCCGCUCAUCGCGAGAGGCAAACCCUUUCCCGAUAUCUUCAUCGAAGCCAUGAAUCGUUUCGAUCCGAUCCCAGAGACACACAAUGUUCUCGUAUUUGAAGACAGUUUAAUGGGAGUGAAGGCAGCGUUGGCGGCGAAUAUGCCGUGCGUUUGGGUUCCCGACCCUGUCUUUGAUGGGAGCGAAGGAAAUGCAACCCUUGUAUUGAAAUCGUUGUUAGACUUCAGACCAGAAGUGUUUGGUUUACCCCCUUUUGAAUCGUCAGACAAUUGA